GGUGGUGGCGCGCAUGUUGGUUGGGCACAACGAUUCUGGUUCUCACACACGAAGGAGGGGACGUGCUUGGUCAAAGGCCCCUCCCCGGACGUGGUGGCAUCAUGCAAGCCUCCAUCCCGGCUGCCCAUCCCCUCCCUCCCCUAUAUCUGGCCUCCUCCUCCCCCUCUUUCAGGCCUUGAAAUCUCGCCCCUCUUUGCUGUUGCCCACAUCCCUUUCUCUCCUCCUCUGCGCGCUGCCGUUUGUUUCUCAACCAGAGGAAGAAAGGAAGGAAGAGAUCGAAAGCAUCAGCCAUGGUGAGUACGUCCGAUCUGUUUGUUUCUCCCAAUGCUGUUCAUUGGAUGUUCUCUGAUGUGGUGGGUACUGUUAUGGACCUUCCUUCUUGUAAGUCGAACUCGGCGUCGGGAAUGGCCGUGUGUGAUGAAUGCAAACUCAAGUUCCUGGAACUUAAGGCGAAGAGGAGCUUCCGUUUCAUCGUGUUCAAGAUCAAUGAGAAGGUGCAGCAGGUGGUGGUUGAUAGGCUGGGACAACCAGGUGAGAGCUAUGAGGACUUCACCGCCUGCUUGCCCGCCGACGAGUGCCGCUAUGCAGUGUUUGAUUUUGACUUUGUCACGGAUGAGAACUGCCAGAAGAGCAAGAUCUUCUUCAUCUCUUGGGCCCCAGAUACAUCUAGGGUGAGGAGCAAGAUGCUGUACGCGAGCUCAAAGGACCGGUUCAAGAGGGAGCUGGAUGGCAUCCAGGUGGAGCUACAAGCAACUGACCCCAGCGAAAUGAGCAUGGACAUCGUCAAGGCGCGAGCCCUCUGAAACAGCCCGACAGCCGCACCCUCCAGGAGCGCAUCAGCUCCUGCCCUUGCAUGCUAUUCUUUCUGUGUUGGUGACGGUCAUCCGUUUUCAUGUCAUUGUUUUCCUGGACGCAAAAGUGUUGCAUUCUGUAUGAGACUGUAUGCCAUUUUGCCUUUUUACCGUCUCUGCCGUAGUCCUGCUACAGCUGUAAACUAGAACUUAUUUGGUGUUUUAUCUCGUGGCAUUGUCGAGUCUUUCAUGUGUCUGUGCAAUGCUAGUUGUGAAGCCUAAUGUACCCUAGUUUAAUCACCGAAUUCCAAGUUUGA